AUGGCACCUACCGAACCACCACAACACACUGGCGCCAUGCCACGCAAUGCAAGCGCAGAAACAGCUAGUGCUGCGGCGCCAAAUACGACCGCUAUAGUGAUCGGUGCCAGUAUAGGCGCUUUGAUCGCUCUGGCUUGCAUAUUCAUCACGGCUCGCAUAGUUCGGGCACGAAGAGCUCACCGAAAAGCUCUAGCCGCAAUUGAAGAGGGUCAUGCAGUGCCAGGAGCUAUUCGUCAGGACAUGUCUGAAGUGCCACGCCCCGUCAGUGGCUGUUCUGUAAACCGUUUCAUGCCGUUGAACACGCAAGGCGGCUGGGAUGCUCUCGGGUCUAAUGACACCAUCAAUGAACCACAGGCAGUCGCCCAAAAUGGCAAGAGGAAGAGGAACAGAGCUUCUCUUCCAAAGCGUGUCAAGUCGCGUGGCAUCCCUUUGAAGUCGUUCAAGCAACUGUCAGCCAUCAUCGAAAGUCCGAGAGCUCCACCAGAACCGAUGCCAACGGCGAAGGCUGUUGAAAUCAGUCCGAAGGUCCCGCUUAGCUGUACGAUUACGGACGUCCAUCCGGCGCACAGAGAGCAAGUCUUGAGCGCCCCCGAUAGUCCCAAGCCAGCCGUUAUGCCAUCCUUUGCGAUCCGAUCGCCUGGCUCUUACGGUGCUGCCAUUGCGAACAAACCACCGAGGUCCGUCUCGACUGGUGUGCUCACUGACUAUGUCUCGGAUGGUGCGGUAUUUGGAAGUCCUGAGCCCAUGCCAAAUAUGAGCAAAAAGCGCCGCGGGCCUCCCCUACACAUUCGUUCAGUCAGUUUGGGAGGUCCUGCAAGCAGACCUCCAUCAGGUCCUGUUCCUCCGCUUCCAGUGAUUUCGCCAUUGGAGACUGAUUUCGAUGAAGCUCGAAAGGGAGUGUGCAUAUCGCGCAUGUCUUCUUCUUCUAGCAACGGCUCGACUGGUAGCUCUGUCUUGGUCGUCAGUCCAAUUCUGGAACGCAACAAUACGGAUGAUGCUGUUGUCUCGCCCACGGUUGAGGAGAUCGUGGACGACAACGAUGGAGCGAUGAAGACUGUCACCAAGCACCAGUGGCAAGAACCAUCAGUCACUGUGACGAGAGCGACUUCGAAUAUGAAGGCUGGAGGGCAUUCCAGGGCGCGAUCAUCUGUUCGUGGUCGAAUUGUGCGUUCAAGCACCGAUAGUGCCUUGACUCAUAAUCGCCAGACAUCGUCCAGCACCAUCAGCUCCUGCGGAAGUGGCGGCAAUCGAUUGUCAGUACCACAAAUUUGUUCCGCCGAGCGUGUUAGCCUGAGCAGAGUAUCUUCCUCGAACUCUCUCUGCUCAACAGGUGGCAUCCAAAAGAUCAGCACACCAACCAAGCGAGCUCGAAGGCAAAGCUCGGUAUCUGCGUACGGAUCACCAGCGGAGCGCAGACGAGCAAGUGCACUUCGUGAUAUCUCUGGUAAUGCGGUGCUCCGCAAGGACACUCCGACCAGAGAGGCAUCCCAAUCGACCAUCAACUCCGGCAGGAGCAGCAACGGUAACCCGUUUCAAUGGGACACACAGUCGUCAAAUGUGCUGCCCAAGCCGAGCGCUCUCAAAGGCAGUCCAAAUGCCCGCAAGAACCACAAGAGGCAGAAGAGCUGUGUGCGAAUCAGCACACUGACGCCUGAAGUACUUGGCCCGGACCGAAGCAGAUCAACAAGUCCUUCUGGUCUCAUGCAUGAAAUCAAAGAGGAGCGCGAGAGCGAUGAGAUUGUUCGACAGCCAAGCCAAAGACAGAGCUCGAUGUAUCUCGCCCGAGGCGCAAAGCCACCCAGCGCUUCGGCUUCGACUGACAAUCUUCGUAUCCAAACGCUUCGUGCCUCACUCACGCCUAGCUCGCCGACUUUGUCGACCUGGAAUGCGUACCGUGAGACUUCUGGUCUACCAAGUCAACCCUCCGACUCCAACAUGACCACUCUGACCUUGACCGCAAGCCGCCCAGUAUCUCGACAAUCGGACAGAUCAUUCUCGAUUCCCAAAUUCCCAUCGCCAGCAGCACGCAAAUCACAAGCCACCAUCUCGCCCGUGGCAAUCGACACAGCACCAAUGCCAGAAUUCGCCCCUGCAUGUCCAAGCUCAGACGAAGGCGAAGAAAGCCACAGCUCAUCUCCUUUCGCUCUCGACAUGUCCAGCGAAGAGGCAAUGCCCGUCGAAAUCCCCUCCAGCCCACCUCUACCAAUAUCCAAAACCGAAGAAUACGAUCCCGCUUGGCCCAUGAUCAGCUUCAUCCCAACAGCAAGCAGUGAACACGACCCUGCUUCCCCUCCAGACAACAACAACAACAACAACAACAACGACGACGACAUCCGAAGCAGUCUCUUCCUCCCCUUCGCGCGUCCAAUUUCCUACAGCUCCCGCGACUCCGUCAUCAUGGAAGACGAAGAUUCUCCGCCUUGCUCACCAAAAACCCUUCCGGAAUCGCCAACAAUCCCGGCGAAAAAUCCUCGAAGAGCAGAACGCAGAGAGUUUUCUAAACUCACCUCGGAAAAUGCUUCGACGAUUAUGGCGCGGUCGAAAACUGCUCCGCAGCUUGGAUUCCCGGGUGCAGUACCGAUUUUGGCUCCUACGUCGCAGUAUGAUGAAGAUCAGGAUCUUCCACGAUGGGAACCACAACAGCAACAAGAAGGGGAGGAGGUGGAGGAGGAGGAUGUUACACCACCCCCAUGGGUCCACGCCCAGAACCCGCACAAAGCACUUUGA